AAGAAAACUAUCAAAAGUCAUUUCAUUGUCUCCUUGUAUAUCGUGCUCUUAGCCACCGCGCACAUGAUGGCGCAGAAGGAUCUGCAAAAAGCUUUUGAUCCCAUAUUAAGGAACUUUUCAGGUAACCAUCCCAUUGCCAUAACAAUUCCACUUUUUGGAGGUACUGCCAUCAUUAUUGUCAUAGCAGUGGUGCUCUUCAAAAGACGAAUGAUCGAUAGCCACAGCUUAAUUCUUGGCUUUUGGAUGUUGAUGUGGUUCGGUAGCGUGAUUCUUAACACUUGGGAUUUCCCUAAACUCUCUGUUCUGCUGAUCUACUUCCACAUCGUGAGUAGUAUAUUCGGACUGGCGUAUUGGAUACGUUUGGGUGUUACCGACUACCGGAUCACAAACGAGUUGCCACCAAUGAGCCUGUUGUUCGAAAUCGUGGCGUGGGUUUUCAUGUUUGUUUUGAGCUGUAUCGAGGUUCUUUUGUGGGCUUUGCGCGGGGACAAACAGUAUCGUCAAGUGUCUCAUUGGUACCCAGUGGCAUUUGCUUUUAUUUCCAUGGUGGAGAACUAUUGGAAUAAGGGUAAGGAAAUUAGAGCAAAACGGUUCAGGUCACAACUUGUUAGACUUGUGGAGAGUGGCUUUAGGGAUUUCAUAUGGACUUACAAGGAAGAUCUUCAAAAAUGCGAUGUAAACGAGUUCAACAGGAAGUUCUAUGAGUUCACGACAGUUUUCGAUGUUUUAGUGGCUCAGAAGCGGGAGGCUAUAAGAAGGGCUCAGUAUAUUAAUGAUUCAACAAAGGGAGAACUAGCUUUGAAGCCGCAGGGUAACGCCAAACGUCGUAGCUCAGAAGAUGCCUGGGUGGGUGCGCGACGUCGAAUUUUCCGGAGGUUGCCGGAAUCUGCAAAUACCCCCGGAAACCGCCGUGACGGAUGGCAACUGAUUCCCAGCGAUUCCGGCGUCCAAAUCCCACGAUGCUGGUGGCGAUGGGGUCGUAUGGACCUCAGGAGGCGAUUGGGAGUGGUGGGGAGGCUCGUUGCUGUGUGUGGUGGCCGGAGCAGAUUGGGCAGUGGCAUGGACGGCGGCUGCUGCGAUAUGACGUUUCCCAGUAGCAUUUCCGGACGGUUAGUGAUUUGCGCCUCUAGAUUCACAGCCGAUUUCCGAUUAUGGGAAGCAUAUUUGCGAUUGGAGAAUAGAGAUUUGGAAUUGGAAUUGAGGUGGAGAAUUUUUGGGAAAGUGGAAGCGGAAGAAUAGGAAGAUAGAACGGUGAUGGAGUGAUGGUCUCUGGUCUCGAUCUUUUACUGAUACUCCGUAAAACUAAUGGUCUCGGAGCAUCCUAUUGUAGUUAUUAAAUACUCCCUCCAUCCCACUGUGUUUGUCCACUUACCUUUUGGCACACCAUCCAAUGCACUUCUUUAAUCCAUUUUAUCUUGUAAUUUGUAUAUUAAAAAAUUAUAAAAAUUAUAUAUUAAUAAUCUACUUCCUCCGUCCCGUGAAACAUUUCCCCUUUCUUUUUUUAUCCGUCCCACAAAACACUUCUCAUUUCUAUUAAAAAGUCACUUUUACCCUUUACUUUUUCAUACCCUAACUAUCACAUCAUACCUUUUUACUAAUAAUCUAUCCAUCAAAUC